AUGUCGACCCAGACUUCGCGAAGCGUCCUAUUCACGCACACUCAACCCCAGCAGAGUUUCCGAUUGCUAGAGCUCCCACCCGACCUGGAGGAACUAUUGACAUCAAAAGAUGCACCUGUAAUCAAGCUCAAAUCCCCCUCCUCUGCCCUCGCGCAAGCAGUAAAAGACCCUGCCGCACAGGAAUACGUCAACCUCUGCACCCCGACCAAAACCUACCGAAUCCGCCAAGUUAUGUCGUCGAACUCAAUCCAUAUUCUCCAACCAAGUCUUGGACAAAUUUCCCGGGAUGAUAUCAAGGUCGUCGAGGAAGAAGCUGGAGAGACUGGCGCCCUGAAUUUACCCGACGACUCAGUAACUACCAUCGCGAAUUGCGGAUCAAUACUGGAACUACACAUCCCCGAUGGAGGCUUCUCUGCCGUUCCCUUCCUUGAAAAGAGUCUUCGACUAUAUGACCCCCGAAGCGGUGACGAUGACGGCGAUAUGGCAAUGGACGAUUCGAACCCAGAUGAAGGGCCAAGUGCGACCCAGACGCAAGAGGCGAGGGAAAAGGUUUGUGAAGACGUUCCUGUCUCCACAGCACAUUGUGAAACGGGUUGGUUAGAGCUUUGUGCGUUUGUAUAUGGGGACCAGGAGGUCUCGUGUUGGAGACCUUCGGCACGGAUGCGGUUGAGUGUGUGGAAACGCCUUAUGGAAGGUGCGCUAUUGCAGGGUAUUGAUCUGCAGAAGCAAUUCCUUGUUGGCGAUCUGUGGAAGUCUGUUCUUGAUGACGAUGUUUCCGCGCCGCCUUUCCCGCGAGCUUUGCUGGAGGCUCUGGCGCGCAGGCUUUGUGCUGAAGAUCAGCGACCAGCUUUGUCAGAGGAUAUCAAAUGGGCAUGCUUUGACAAAGAAGAGUGUACUCGGUGGGUUGGGGAAAUCUGUCUCGCUGCCACUGCUCCUACUGCCUCUUCUGCUGUUGGGCGGAGCGAAUUUCUACAAGUAUGGAAGGAUUGCCUACCAGAAUCAUGGAGGGCCGAUGCAAUCCUCUCGAAACUGCCAGAGGGCUCAUACCAGAGCCCCAAUCCUACGACGAUGUUUUUCGUUGACGCAUCUCAGCGGAAGCAGAUUAGCAAGGCCCCAGCUGCUGGAGCUGCAGCUGCAAAAACCAAAGCCAAAACAACCAGGAACUGGCAUGAGUUAUUAAAAAAUUCAAAGCGCUGA